AUGAGUAGCACGGCUCUCCGUGAGCGUGUUCGUAAGUCACUUUCUAAAUCCAUCAAGGGAAAUGCUUGCAAAUUCCGAUUUACGAUCACUUAUGAGUACGUGGACCUAAAAUGCAAUAAUAGAUGGUAAGUUAAGGGUUUUGUUUCUAAAAGAACGAGUUAUUUGUGAUUGAGGUGGCUGUUUAUUAGAACGUCAAUGUCUGAGAGGAAGUUAACAACUACAUGUAGACACAGAACAUGACAGAAGCCUUUGCUUGUUCUUGGUUGUUGUACGUGUUUGUGACGAUUCUUCUAUAUUGAACAUAUUAACAGAGAGCUCUCUAGACAACAAACACGGUACAAACAACUUUAAAAAUUUUGUUUAGCAUCAAUAUCAGGUAUUUUUCUCUUACGUUCGCUGUUUCCUCGUAACUAGCGACACCUAGUAAUAGCGCAAUUUUAGUGUGAUUGUUUAACAAGUAAUUUAAUUAUUGAGGGUAUUUAGUUAUUCCUUUAUUUACAUUAAUGAUAUUGUAAUGAAUGUUCUAGCUCUACGACCAAAUUAAAACCUAAAAUUCGAAAGCGUAAUAGCCUAGCUUAAUAAGCUUAUAUUUCCUGUAGAUUCAUGUCGAAUUCUUCGAAUGUUUUCAAUUUGAUCGUUCCAUCAUCUGGCUGCCCCCAUCCUUUCUCGCUCCUUCGACUUUUUCCUGUUUUCUUUUCAUGGUGACAGAUAUUAGACCCAGCUUGCCUUUUUUUGGAAAACAGUUUUCCAAUCGAAUCUCUUCUAUAUUCGUUAGCUAGAACUAGUGUGGCUGUUCUUGUCUUCCUCACUGCUGUCACGCAAGGUGCAUAUAUUGCGUGACGGCACUAACAAGAUAUGAUUUGGAAGAACAGAAUUUUUAAAAAAGUUUACUACAUGGCUUAGCCCAGAAUUAAAUAAGUGCAAAUUCACUUUCAGUUGGUUAAAAACAUCCCCCCAAAAAGUUUCCCCAGUUUUAUUUUGUCCGGUUUUUGUUUAUCCCUGGAAAUUCCUUUUUACCAUGAUUCAUGUUCCCUAAUCAGCCCCAUGCAUGCAACUCUACGCCCUGGAUAAACCACUUUGUAACCGAUGGAUAAGUAUUGUAGAAAGCAGUAAAUUUAGUUAUUAGGUAAAAAUUUAGUUGGAGUCGAUAAGAAAAAGAGGAAGACAAACUGUAAGCAAGGAGCACAAAUACAUAUACAUACACAUACAUAUAACUUUAUUUAAACUCAGAUUUGGAAUAGCUUGAGAGAGCUAGUAUCUCCAAGUAUAAUAAACCAACCCAAAAUAAACCAACUCAUGACCUGGCCAGUACCUCAUGCAUGCACACAGCCAUAUCCCCGGGCAGUGGUGGCCAUGGACAGCUGUUUGACCCUUGGUGUGUGUGUGCCCCUUGCUUACAGUUUGUCUUAUUUGAUUUACUGGCACACAGAGCAGCAUAAAUGCUGAUCUUCUGUCCCUGUGCAUGCCACAGGAGAACUGCCAUGCAGUUCCCAGCCAACAGCUCCCACAUGUGUUGUGUGGAGCUGGCGCUUAAAGGAGUACUAUUGCACUUUACCUUGGCAGUAAAGGGCCUAUGAUACACUGUUUUGUUCGUUCAUGGGUCCGGUGGUUAUGCCAUGCUAAUGAGCCCCAACAAGUGUGGAACAGCCUUUUGCUUACGGUAAUGUUAGGGAAACUUCAGACUCUGCACAGUACCACAUCAUCAAAAUGUUUCUAACAGUUUGUCAUCUUUAGGUUUAGAAGCUUUUACUUGUACUGAUUAAGUACCUACAUAAUGCCUAUUCUCUUUCAACUGCAUUUGUGGGGGUGGGGGAGGGGGGUGUUGGGGAGUAUAUUUGACAAAGCUAUAUGUAUUAACAGCUGUAAAUGUACUGCCUUUGAUAGCCAUAAAAUGUGGAUGUUAGCCCUUUUGAGACUUUUCACAAAACACAAUGACAGAUUUCCUUAACCUUUCAUAUACUUCAACCCAGGGCUGUGCUCCAAGGAAAAUUGAAGGGAGCCUGUAAGUGAACCUGUAAAAUCUGGGGUGCCUAGCAUAUGAUAUGUGUGAAAGAAGGAAGAUUUUCUAGUUGCCCCAAGAGCAAAAGUUAUAGUAGCCAAGGGCUAGCAGGGUCUGCUAGAGCACAGCCUUGCCUCGACCCAUGAAUUCCCUACCCAUACUUUGGUAUACCCGAAGUCUGACAAAGGUGCGCACCUUUCUGGGUGGAGCCUCCCCAUAUAAGCCAUCAUAGGAACUGCACUCUCCACUUGGGGACUUUGAAAAUUUAAUUUGAAUAAAUAUUCAGAUAUUUUAAUUUUUCAAAGUGCUUCUUGAUCCAGUUAAUAUUAUGCUUUAUGAUUUAUACACAAUUUGAUACAAUCAAAACUCGAAAUUUACUGACCAACGAUAAUAACACGCAGAAUGAACAUGAGACACGUUUGGGCGUAAACAUUGGUUUAUUGAUUCACCAGUAUUGUUCACACCCCCCAGGGAGGCAGGGAGGGAAUUCAAACGAUAUGAACAGUGCAUGAUAGCACAAACAAGGUUAGCUAAACCGUGUGGGACACAAACAAUUGGUACCCCGAUAGAUUGUACGUAGCUAAUCUACUGUCAAUAAUUAAUCUCUACUAGGCAACCAACUUGUUUGAGUAUUGUUUGGUUCCGAGGCCACCGAUCUAAAGUAUCUGAGAAGGUAACUACUGCAACUUUUAUCUUGUUCAUGUAUUUUAUAAAGAAGUCAACAUUACUUAAUAUCUAUGAAAUAUUCUAAAUAUACUGUGUUAGAACAUGGAACUGUGUUAAAACAAGGAUGAUAUUUUAGCUCCAAUCCAACAUUUUAGCAUAAUUUAUUAAAAGAGACAGUUCCAAUCUUUGUCAUUGAAAAAAUGUAUUUUGUUUUAAACUGUUUUGGUUUUAAUGGUGUUUCCUGUAAAUGUCAUUGUUGGUGACACCGCAUAAUUGAUAGAAAUGAAAAAAACUUUUUUCCCAAUAAGAACAAUUUAAUUUCAACUUUUUUCUUCACUUCCCUUCUUAUUCAGUGUUUAAGGAAUUACUGGUAGUGACCCCUGAGUGUCUUUCAUUGUUCCACCCUUUGUAGGGAGCAAGGGUGGUGCACCAUGGUGAAAGCACUGGUCUCCCACCUAGUGGCAACAUACAUAUACAGUGUAUUUGGGUUGACGUUGUUGUUGGUUCUCUCCCUUGCUCUGAGGGGUUUUUCUCCAGGCACUCCAGCUUUCCCCUCUCCCGAAAAACCACCACUUCCAAAUUCCGAAUUUCAGUUCAAUCUGGAGCACACAUUUACACGAGUUUUUGAGAAAGCCUAAGUGCUUAAUGUAGGUAAAAAAAUUACAGUUCACAGUUUACAAUUUUACAAAAUUGUCUUUGUGAUGAUUAAUUUUCAUAGCCAACAUCAAAAGUGUCAAUAGUGGAUGAAAAGACAGGAGUAGUCAGCUAUGCUGCCAACUGGUUCCCACCCAACUCUGUGGAGUUGGUUGUUACACUUUAUAAGGUACAAAUUUAAGCUUUUAAUUUUUGUUUCCUUCUUUUUCCUUGCACCUUUACAUAAAUAAUACACUACAGUAAAAGUCUGUCCUGCACCCAAGGGCAUAUCACUGCCCAUAUAUGCUCAAAAUAACACUUAAUUUAUAAAUUUCCUUUUGUAAAAUGAUAAAAAAAAAACCACUACCACAAAGUACUGCCGAAGAGGUUGCCCGAUAGGGUUUUGUACACAGUACAAUUUAGAAGGAUUUGUAUGGAGUCAUCAUCUGGUGCAUUUUAUAACUGGGCCAAUAUAUCUCAGAGACAUUUUGCCCCAAAAUGCUUAUUUUUGGCAAGUAGGCAUCUUGCAUGUUGUUCUUUCAGAAUAUCUUGACAAAUCCCAUAUAAUUUCACAAAUUUAAAUUUUAGAUGUCUGCAUCACUUACUCUUGAUUCAAGAGAAACAGCCAUGCACUUAACACUUAAUUUAGCAGUGUUCUUAUUUAGUCUUGUACGUAUAUAAGUAGCGCUUAACAUGGACCUAGAACAAACACUGACAAAAAAAUUUAUUGUCUAUAUUUCACAAGUUAAUAUUUUUGUUAGAUGUGCACAUACCGGUAAUUUGAUAUGAAUGAGAAUCUUUACAUCAUGACUGCUGGUAGAUAGAUCAUCAUGCCCGUCUAAUGAAUGUAAAUACAACAGACUAUACCGGGAAGAAUUAAUUCUGAGUCUUGAUCUGAAUUUCUUAUUUUUUAACAGGACUUUACCGGUAUCAUGUUCAAAAAGAAGGACUACAUGUUUGUCCUUGAAAAUGUAAGUGAUCCUCCCCACAUAGAUUGUUAAUUCUCUAACAACACACUCAGUUGUGGCCUCUGAUGUCAGGAUGCAAUGGCAACGAGAAGGUCAAAAAAGCAAUAGGGUCAGAUUAGCAAAACAACAAUUUUGCACAUGCAGUACACUUUUUGGGCCUUGCAGGGAGGUGGGAUGUGUAAGCAUAUCGCAGCUUAAAAGUCCCAGUUAAUUGGUCUUUCAUGAAAUUUAAUUAUUGAUCAGAAGCUAAAAGUGGUUCUAAUUCUUUUCCAAAUUCUUUCACACCUCUACUUGGAAAAAGAAAAAUUUAACCACCAACUGUUAAUUCAGUUUCAAACAUAACAUUUUCAGUGUCUUGUUUUAGAAGUUUCAGUACUAAAUUAAAGGAGGGGGGCUUGAAACUGAGUUUUCACAUAGCAGUGGAGGUCAGAUGAGUGAAGUCCUAUAGUUUUCUUAGUGCAAGAUAGCUGCUCAUGCAGCUUACAUGUACUACUGUAACGUUUUCUAUAGCACUACAUGUACUUUGGUGUUGACUUCUGUUUACUGAAAACCAGCUCGUAGCAGCUUACUGGCUAUGUAUUGUGAGAAAAAGGAAUAGAAGGGGUUGAGGGAGUGGUGUGCAAACUCCUGAUAGUAGAUAUAGCUUCUGGUGUGUAGACUUGUCUACGAGUUUGACUUCAUAGAAAUCUAUUAUGUUUCAUAGGUUACUCCCGAUGCAAGAAAGAAGCUUGCUUUAUUUCCGUGUAACAUGGCAGAAUAUGCUUCAGCUCACAGUGAAGUGUAAGAUGAUUACUUAAAUGCUUGAAUUAUGCCCAUCUUCAAAUAAACACCCCUUUAUGUCCAAAAUGUAGGAAGUAAAGACCCCUUUCUAAUAACUGCUUCUCCUUCCCUAAGCUGAAAGAGUGAAUAAGGGUACUUACUGUUAAGCCUCCUUUAGAUUGGCGGUUGAUUAUACUGCACAGAUUUUACACAAAAAUGCAAACAAAUACAAGGCAAUGAUUUUGUUCUCAGCAAACGUUUGCUCAGUAAGACAUUUUUUUAAUUCAUCCACAUACAUUUGUCAUAUCCUUACCAUCUUCUAUUCAACCUAUUAAAAUGAUCUCAAAAUUUUACUGAAAGAAUCACAAUUUAGCUUGUGCAGACCUUUUGCCAGUCAUUAUAUUGAUUGCUGCUAUUUUCUUAAAUAUUGCUUGUGAACAGCUGAAAAUCACAAGAUAACCAGCCAUUUUGAGUUUUGAAAGUAAUUUUUAAAUUUGUCUUUAUACCGUCUAUGGGUUAACUUGUAUGCUAGAAUGCAAAAGCAAAAAUGGAAACAUCUUGUCAACAGCAAACAUUUGCUUAAACAGGUCUUUAAGGUUUUUAACAAGAUGACAGUGGCCAUUGAUGACAGUCAAGAUCUUUGCAAAGUUCAAUUAGUAAAGCAGUGAAAAUCACUGAGUAAAUCUCCCUUAGACACAUUUGUAAUUCGUUUUUUCACUUGACCCUUUUAAUAGCAAUACCCAUCCCAAUGAUGUGUUAAAUCGGUUAUCAUUAUUAUUAUCAGUACUGUAUUAUUUUUAUAAUAUGAUUCUUCUAUAUUUUUCUUCUUCUACUUCUUCUUGUCUUAUAUUUGUUUUUAGAUUUGACUUAGAAAUGGAAUUUAAAGCUCUCUCGAAGAAAAUUUCCUCGGCAAGGCUGGGAGCAAAAGUGAAGUGUGAAUUCAUAAAGGAAGGAAAAGUGGAGUAUGUAGAUUGAUGUAAAAACAAACAAUGGCGCUUGUGCAAUUUAACAAAUCGAUUCAACUUUUUCGUGUGUCCUUUUAGAUUAAAGAUGACAUCAAAAUAUAUUAAGAUCGACCAAAGUAGUUGGUCACUUAUCUUCUUAUCACAUUUUCUCAUGUACGUGUUCUGUGAUCUGAGAAGUCAGACUGCAUUUCAUGCUCGCAAAAUGAAAUUAUUUGCUUUCAAGGAUGAUCUCAUUCUUUUUGUUAUUUUUUAUCUUGAACUUGCGUGAAAAUUUGUGCAUUCGACUCUUGCAAGCGAUCAGGUUUCAGCGGGAUCUCCGCUUGUAGGUUUGGCUUUUUUGGCUUGCCUUACCUUAGUUUUACAAUACCUUCCAUUUCAGGGGAGUGUUUUAAACAUUUUGCUACAAAAGAACAUUUUUGAGAAGUACAAUCGACAAAUGUUUAGAGUGUAGCGUUGCGUCUUUUUUCGUCCUGUCCCUAUGUUAUAUGAUAUAUAAUAUCAGAUAAUAUGCCUGGCACUUGCAGAAAUUGCACAAAAGUAACUAAGGCUAAGGCCAAACGUCGAAUUUUUCAUGCAACAAAUCAAACUGAGUGAGUUAACUUCUUCUAAAUUCUUGGUCAGAUUAAGUUCGUUUUACUGAGUUUGGAUCGGCAAAACGCGUUCUAUCAGUCCAAUCAGACGGAUAGAUGGUGUAAAGGUGCCCCGUUUGAAGCAAUAGCAGUGGUGUUCGUCGAGAAAACGAUGAUUUUCCACAUAGCGGGGUUCCACCGUACGACUGUAAACUUUUUCGCGUCAUAUCUUUUUCUUUUCUUAGUUCGACGCUGGGUUAAAGUUCCACGCUUCAUCCAACAAAGGCCGUAACUAAAUCAAGGUCGACCCAAAAGGCAAUUUGGCUCGUCCCAUGAAAAGUUCGACGUUCGCGCCGUUUUUUUCUGUUUUCUACAUGUUAUUAACUACUACACUUUUAUGUACUAUUUAGAAGAAUUUUUCUGAUUCUACUGUUCGAUAUUUUCUAUCAAAGUGAGGAUGAUAUGCAGAGUAACUUCAGCCAUCUCAGUGAAGCUGAGUUCACAUCAAGACUUUCUGAGCUGGCAGAAUACAGUGACGAGGAGGAGGAGGAGAACGAAGAAGAGAAGAAGGAAAACAGCUCAAAUAAACUUGCAGAUCGUUCAAAACAGUAAGUGUGUUGAGGGACUUCUGAUAUCCAUCUCUUGCCUUUUUUGUAUGGCCGGAUAUUUCUCCGCGCACGACCCUAGGUGAUACCCUUAUAGCAAAAACUAUUGGCCUUUCGUCCCAAACGCCCUAAGUGAGACCAAAAUUUGCAAUUUACACCCCUAAGCGAGUCGACGAGUCCCCGACACUUUUAGAUGGAUAUCCCCUCUCACAGGCUCCCCUCCCUUUGUCCGUCCGUCCGUCCGUCCGUUCGUCGGAUUCUCAUUCCGUGUGUCCGUCCUACCAAUCAAUCAUCAAUCAAUCAAUCAACGAAACAAACAUCUAACUAGUCAGUCAGACAAUGAAUUGAUCAAUGUACCAUUUUUUUGUCAUACAAUUACUGGGACUUGGUCCCAAAGUUUUGUGCAUUUAAUUUGUUGAAGGAUCAUUCUGGUAACUAAAAAAUUAAAAGGAUGUUUUUCGUGAUUACAUCACCUUAUUCUCUUACAGUACCUGGUCUCAAUUCAUCGAUGAAAUGAAAACGCUGGAAUAUAAAAAUCUAGUUGUGAUUGGUAAUCCUCUAGCUGAUACUCCAACUAAUGACGUCAGUCAAGGUGAGACAAUAAAUAUUAAACCGUCCAUCUAACCUGGCCAUUUUGUUGAAGUUCCUUGCUAUGAGCUGCUAUUUCAAGUUUCCAUUCAUUCUCCGUGCGCAUUCUUGCCACCCGUGGCAACAGACGAAAUAUCGCCUUAAAUAAUGAAAAACACUGGACCAUUUUUUUGGAAUUCAAUUAAUGCGAAAAAAGUUUAAGCUUUUUGAAAAGACAACAAAUAGCAUGACAUAGUCCCUUUAACUCAGUCGUCCAUCACUUUACCAAGGCCGUACAACCAACAAACAACAACAACCAACCAUUUUAUUUGCCAACUUAAAAAACACUUACAAAGAAAAGAAUGAAUUAAAAUAUAUCAGGUAAAAAACUAUACGAGCUGAGAAGUUGCAAUACCGAUUAAAUUACAUUUUAUAGGGUGGUGACACACGAAAGAUAAAAAGGAAAAUAUCUUGAAUGUAGGAGAAAAAAAUAAUAGUAAUGAAAAAUAGGUAGAUUAAUUAAUUUAAUUAAAAUAACAUGACAUACUGUAGAACAACAUAAAACAAAAAACAAACAAACAAACAGAAACAAAACGGUACCAGAGAAUUAUGAAGUUUACAUUAAUAAGGGUAACUGGCAUACAUGCUAGCCUGCAUCAACAGUUAGUGUAAAAGAUCUGCGUUCAUCGUUUGCUUGAAUAAAUGCAAAGAACUACUUUUUAAAUUUUCAUCCAGAUUAUUCCAAACAGAAGGACCAGAGAAGUGUAUAUUAAAUUUAACGUAAUUAGUUCUGACCCGAUCAAUAUAAUAAGUUGACUUGAUGCUAGCCUAGUACUCUACCCAUGCUUAGAUGAUAUAUAAAGUGAAAAAAUUCGUGUUUUAGAACUAGAAUUUGUUACUGCGCGUAUGACUACAUUAGGUAAGGGAACUCAGUGUCGUUAAUUCAUACUGUGUCUGCGUGCAAGCCAGGGUGUCCGCUUACGGGACGUUCGAUUGUGUUAUUUAGUAAAGCCAUCAUAUGUUUGAAGUCUUACACACUAUUUUGUGACGAUAUUAUCUCCCUUUAUUAUAGGUGAAACUGACCAAAAUGCAGACUUAGAGACAGAUUUACAGGCUCAGUCCGAUAGCUACAGCCGUAAACUCUUGGAAAGAAACAGAGAGAGAAGAAAAGUAGUCAGUGCCGCACUGGAAGAUCUAACAGAAUGUGAUGAAGAAGAGGAGCAGAGCCCGUCUCUAAACCUAUCCACUUCGCCAGUGUCUUCGUUAAGUUCUUUCAAAAACAAGUUUUCGUUUAAAGGAAGAAGUAAGGUAAGGAGAGACGCGCCUUCAACUCUUUAAGCAGUAACAUCAACAAGUAUAUUCUCCACAAUGUUUUCCGUUUAUUUUUUUUUACUACCAAUCAUGGGAAUUUGAGUUCAUUUUCUUCAUUUUCUUUAUUCUCGAGAUUAACAUGUACAUGUUGAGUAAAAAGUGCUGUUGUAAGAAGAAAUAAGGUUCUCACGUUGCUCGCUAUUAAGGUUGAACGUUCGAUGGGCGUAAAAAUAUUCCACGAUUAUUUCCGCUAAGUCAACGUAGAUGUUUGUGACAGGCUGCAUAAGCGACUGUCACGAUGUUUGUUGCCCGCAAUUCUGAGUUACUUCCGCAACAUAAUAUCGAUCUGCUGAAAUACAAUUAUAUUACUCGCAUCCGCUAUGGUCUCUCAUCAAUGUAUUUUUCGUGCUCCUUUUUCUUCUGCAGUCCAAGUCCGAAGAUACCCCGGGAGAUAUCCAGGUAUUUACCACGGAUACUCUGUUGUUAACCUGUAUUAAAAUCAGUCAAGAAACCUUGGAUCUAACUCCCAUACAAGGACGUUUAUCCUCUCUUUUUGCCAGAUUUAAUUUUUAAUUUGUUUCAUGUGUGCACCUGUUUAAAUGUAUCUGUUCACUGUUCCUUUAUUGUAACAACGAACGUAUUAAUAAGCAUUUGGCUAUACAGUAUACACCUCGUAGUAAGCCCUUGUUAUUUGCGGGUGGACCUGCAUUUUAUAACUGUAAAUUUCUUUUGAAUAAAUAAACAUACUAGACACGAGGCGUUUAAGAAGACGUCCUGAAAGUAACGUCUUUUUACAGAAUGUAAUGUAGGCAAACUUUGUUUCAAGUAUGAAGAUCCUUCUUGUUGUAUUGCUCCUCCCAGCGAAGUGGCGACCGUGGGUUGAGAUUGUUGUUCGUUCUCUAGCUUCUUUGAUCCAAGAGGUUAAUUAAUUCCGGGUGCUUCAGUUUUCCUUUCUCUCCAAAACUGACCCGACAUUUUCAAAUCCCGUAAGAGCGCUCUUUAGGUUUUUCGUGUGUUUACAAAUGAUAUUUACACUUUACAGUUACAAAGAUUACACCGUAGAGAUGUGCAGUGUAUGUCGGAUGCGUACCUGCUACUCAAGACAUAGCAGCUACCGGUCAACUGCUGUAAAAGAUUCAAAAUUCUGUUUGAUUUUGGUUUGAUUAUUGUUUAUUACAGGGACUACCUCCGGAGAGCCCUAAAAGCCGAGUUUCAGAAUGGCUGAAGGAAAGUGUGAUGGAAGAUACUGACAGUCAAAUGAGAGCCGAGUAAGUGCAAAACUGAAUAACUUCAUAUCGUGAAACUUGUUCCUCAGUUUAGGCUUUGUAGCUGACGGUUUUCCCGAAGCUCGAUGUAGGAAAAUUACCACUGAUGUUGCGUGAAGAAUAAUAAAGUUGGUUUUUCUCCUUUCUGAUACCCGUUCAGCUGGUUUUUUCCCGAGAAGUUUACAUCGUGUUCCAACAACACCGCCAAUUACGCAAGUUAGAAACUUGUGGGAUCCCUUGUUUUUCUUGCUCGUGCCGGCUGGGGUGGGGUGGGGGCGUUAAGUGAUGUCAGAGGUUUUUCGUAUGUAGCUUUAGAGUACGCUUUUAUCGAGAUCCUUGGUGUUUAUUUUCUAUUUCACGGAUUUUUGCUUGUAGAAAACUGGAGAAGGAGAACAUGGAUCUUAAGGCUUGGAACCAGAAACUCGUUACCAAAGUUACUGACCUGGAAAAUGAGAAGGCGGAGCUCCAGUCCGAACUUGAACAGAUGCAGCUACUUAACAAGUUCAAAAACACGGACUUUAUCAAAGAAAGAGAUGAAUUACAAGGGGAGAUUUCAGAGUUACAAUUACUAGUCGAAGAUUUGAAAGCGCAGGUUAGAAAAAAAGGCGAUCGGCGAAAGUCUUCUUUGGCGUACUUUCCUGAAUUAUGGAACGAAUGCAUUAUUUAUACUACUUCGUGUAGGCGUAAAUGCUCAAAUUGGGUUGGCAUUUCAUUGGUGUUUAUAUAAUAAAUAGAACAUUACAUGGCCUCUUGGAGAUACAAAUUUCCUCUUCUCGCGUUGAAAAAUAUUUCACUCGUUCACUCGAAGAGAAAUUUCGUAUCUCCUUGGGGCCAUGUAAUAUCCUCUAUAUCUUUAAUGAAUGUGGCAUAGAAUGCACAAUCACUGCAGAAUGACCACUGGAGGACAUCAAACUGAUAGAUGUUAAAGAAGCGGCUCCCUUGACAAUAGUGCUUGAGGUUAGCGACGGAAAUGAGUUACAACAAAACGUUCAAAGCCAAGAAUGUGCACCACACGCACCCACAAAAUUGUGUAUAUGCUGAAAGAUACAUUCUAGUUUUUCUUUUUAAUUCAGUUUACAGUUUUUUCCAAAGAAAAAAUACAAAUGUUACCUUCAUGCUGAAAUUUUGAAGAGUGACGUAAGGGUCGCCACCUCUCCACUCAAAACAUAAAUAAAAAAAACAAGAAACAGAAAAACGCCCCUCUGGGCGGUAAUUGGAGCAUGUCGAGCAUUAGCGUUAUUAGAGCUUUUUAGAGCCUCCCCAGUCUCGUUCCCAGAGGCCGCGAUCCUUUUGUACAGCGACGGGGAUUACUAAAAUCCACGGUACAAAAGUAACGGAGGCUCAGGGGACGAGAUUGGAGCAAGAGUCAAGGGUUGCUGUAAUUGGGUCGUUCUUUUUUAUUUGGACCCGAGGACUGUUUUAAAGCACAACCGUCUGUCCUCAAUGUAUACCAUGUCAAAAUUAUGACGAUGUUUUCCGUUUAAAUUCCUGGGAUGUUUGUAGAUUGCUUGAUGUUGACGGUCUUUGUGAGUCUUUUUUAAUCAUCCUUUGAACGCCUUAUAGCUCCAGCGAGCGGAAACAGAGCUGGACAACUCAAAGGAAAAGCAAAACGUUUCCUCUAGUAUUGAGGUAAGGAUGUCUUGCGUAACUUGAUUUUUUGCCAAGUUGUUUGUUUUUCCUAGUUAUUGCUGUGUCGAUAACCAAUGAGUUAAGCAAUCCUUUACAAUUUUUUUUUUUGCAAGAGUUUCUGGUAUGAACUAAGACAAAAAAUACAGUGCUUUUUGUGAAAUUGUUUAUCCCAACCUCGACCUCUUUCUAUCGUGUGCCGCUCACUUUUAGUGGCGGAUUCAGGUCUUUAAAGGGAACCUCCACUCUUACUACAGAAUAAGUUUAAAUCGAAUAAAAUUAUGUUGAUAAACAAAUUUGUUUGAAAUUUGUCUUAAAAAAAGUGUUUAUAUCAGGAAAAGUGAAUUUUAGAAUCGCUUAUUUUCACUUUCAAAUUUCGCGGGCGCCGCCAUCUUGACUAAUUGUGACGUGUUACGGUUGCUCUAUUGUUCUGACACAAAGAGCUUUUGUUUAAUAACAAUAGGGCAACCAUUACACGUCACAAUUAUUCAAGAUGGCGACGCCCGCAAAAUUUGAAAACAAAAAUAGGCGAAUCUAAAAGUUAUUUCUUUCGGAUGCAAACGCUUUCUUUAAAAAUAUUUUAGAUUGACUUGACUGUAACAGUUAUUUCCUGUGAUUUAAAGUUAUCUUUUUGUUGAAGUGGAGGUUCCCUUUAAGUUAAUGGGAGGUCCGCUCAUCUAAUUCCUAUGAUAAGGAUAAAUUAAUCUUAACCCUAAGUGCCUCAGUUUGGCCUAAAAAUAAGUUGGGGACCCAGGUUUUCGGGCCACUGUCCUAAAUCUGCCACUGCGCAUGCUUCUUGGGGUGGAGUACAGGAUAGAUUUAUUCUCUCCCACAGUCCGGCUUCUCCACAUUUAUUUCUCUUUAAGCGCGCUGUCAUAUUAUUAUGAUCAGCAGCUUCUCUUCAGUUGUAUUUGCUAUAAAAUUUCUUUCGAUACAAUUAGGCUUAAAUACUGAAUAAUAUGAAGAUGAGGAUGUCUUAUUUUCAAUUGAACGUGGAAUUUUGGGCGAAGUAAAAUGGUACAUGUAACCUCAGCGUUCUCACUCAUUAUUCAGCUUUAUAGCAUUGCCUUGUUUACGCAAUUCUGGUAACACAGACUACAGCAGUAUUAAUCUAAAUAAUCUAAGUUGAUGCUUUGGCCUAAAAUACAUAUUCUCGCUUUCUUUGUAAGGCAAGGGCUUUUAUUAAAACUCAGCUCAUGACAAAUAUAAUUGUAAGGUUUUUCUUUUUUAACGCACUGCUAAUGUUCUUAAAAUGCAGGGAGGUAAAUCGAAUGCUAAGAAAUUUGAGGUAAGAAAUGAUUUUGCAACUGAAAUUUUUGCUACUCACGCCUUAAUAGACAUUUAGAAAAAUACCAUAAUUUUUUUUUAAGUGCAGGUCUACUCUCCUAUUAAGUAGGAGUGCAACGUCCUUAUUUCGAUUUCCAUUUGCAUGAUAUGCCCCUUUGAUACUACCGUACAAGUGAAACGUUGGUAUUAUGUUUUGAGAUUUUGAAGGCGCCUUUAUGCCAACGUUGCAAUGGUGGGUUCGUUUUCAGACGCGCUUCAAGUAUUAUGUAAAUUGCCAAGAAAUAGCUGAAGUGCAUGCAUAUUUCGUGUCGAAAAUGGGACGUUGGACUUGGACUCCUCCUGAAUGCGAGGCUUAACCUGCCCUUUAAAGAAUAUUAUAGUAUUUUUUGGAGAGGCCUAUCGGCAGCUAUUUAUUGGCCAUACUUUUUUCUGCUUUUGUAAUUCAAUACUUGACCGCGCAGGUCAAAAUAUCUUCCCUCUUCUGUGUUUUUUUUUUUUAAUUUGAAAACUCAUGCCACUAGUUAUUCAGUUGAAGUACUGUCCCGUGUUACCCUCGUUAAAUAAAGUUGAUUAUUAUUAUUAUUACUAUUACUAUUAUUAUUAGUGUUUUAGACCUUUAAGCGACAUUCAUACACGGACGUUGAAACCUCGUAAGAAGGGAAGUUAGACUCUGCCAGUAAUAUUGACGGCGGCGUUGGAUGUGCAGAGACCGGGAGGAGUAUAUAAAAGACGUUGCCUUUAAGCUGUUUACUGAUUUUUUCUCAGCUUUGUCAAGUUAGAGGCUGGCUAUGUAAGAGAGGUGUGAAAGGAUUCACUGGAAGAAGAUGGAGACGCCGCUGGUUUUCUACUGAUAAAAAUGGCAGGCUCUAUUAUUAUCAGAAAAACAACAACACGUUGCCUAGAGGGUACGUAGCUGGGUAUCUUGUGACACCGGGAAAACUCGUCGAACAAGGUCCUUUUGCAGUCAAUCAUAAUUCUUCACUUCAUAAUUUAUAUCGAAAAUGGGUACCAAGUCUUUAGCACAAAGAUUGUUGGGAUCGUGUGUGUGUACAAUGUAAGCUAUGAUUGGUUGAUUGAUUCCCUUGGUAGCCUGCGAACAGCAGACGCAUUUCCGGUCGUCGGAAAUAGCGUCGCUAUUUUUCGGAGGGAGAGAAGCGACGACCGGAAAUGCGUCUGCUGUUCGCGGGCUAUUCCCUUGGAUACUAUGGAUUAUUUAUAACUAGCGCGUGUCCACGCAAACGAUUCUAGAAAUCUUUGCCCCGACAGCUUGUAUCCAUUCGCCCUGUAGUUUACUGGAGUGGUGAAUAGUGAGAUUGUAUACAAUAGCCAGCUCAUUUUCAUGGACAGAAAAUGUCAUGUUUUGAACAAACGGACAGUUCGUUCUAUUGCAUACACUGUAUCUGUUGUAGGCGAAAUCUAUUCUCAGGUUAAACCAAUAUUCAACCUAGUCUGAUUCAGAAUUUCCUUCCUUUGCUGAUUUGAUGAAGGGUACAAACAAAGUCCUAAUUUAAACGUAAGACGGAUUUUUUCUUACAACUUAUCUUGUGUAAUUUGUGCUAAUCGGAGCUGAGUUGCGUCUUCCGUGUGAACCCAGUUUACGCUACGCUCUGUUUUACCUCCUGCAGUCUAAUAAUAAAAUAUUUUUGGAUGAGGUUUUUGUGAUACGUGGAAGAUGUUAUUAUCAGCCGAAAGUUAUAAUACUUACCAAUGCGUUGAUAAUUCCGUAUAUUACAAUCAUCUAAUGAUUGUUUUGAUAAACACUCAUCCCCGAGGGGGGGGGUACUCGAUAUAUCCCUGGGUGGGGAGGUGCGGCGCGGUCCCUCAUACCCUGACCCUGUUUAAGACAAAUAUCGCUGAUUUUCCCACCCUGUUUAAGACAGAAUUCCGAUUUUUGAUACCCUGUUUAAGACAUUUAAUUAACAUUAAAUCUUGUAAAAAUUUUGCUGUUUAUCGUCCAAGAAAAGAUAUCCUGUUUAAGACAAAAAUUGAUAAAUCGAUACCCUAAUUAAGACAAAAAAUGAUAAAUUCGAUACCCUGUUUAAGACAAAAAUCCCGAAAAACAUACCCUGGCUGGCCGUACGUCCCCAUUGAGCCCUUAUAAGGGAAUACCCCCCGCCCCCCACCGGACACUCAUCAAAGAAAGUAACGACCAUCGCUCAGUCAUAUGAAGCUCACUAUAUUAUUUUCCAAAAAAGAAGGUACGAAUAUGCGAUUAAAGAAAUUUUACACCGUCCAUGGAAGACUUCCUGUGCAGUUUUGGUGUAUCUUUUUAAACUUUCGGAGUCUUUAUCUUCAAAUAAUUUAUUGAUUUUUUGUUCAGUCGAGGUAGCAAACCGACGAUUCGUGUUUUUUGGCUGUGUGCAAAGAUGCCACUCUACACCCGUGACUUGAUGUUGCUCCUUAGAAAUCAUGCAUUGCGCAAUCGUGCAUAAUAGUUGAAGCGAUAAUGAUAACAUAUUAAUCUUUCCUCUUAGACUUCAGUAAACUGUUUAAUGUACCAUCAAUGCCAUAAGACUAAACGACUAAAUUCUUUUUUCGUGGUUUUGUCUCAGAUUCAUUGAUCUUGAUGUAGUGAUCGCUGUUCAGGACCAACCGCCUUCACAGCAAGACAUUAACAAGGCAUGUUUUAAUGUGGUGACGCCCACCCGAACGUACCAGUUAAUGGCGCACGAUGAAGAGGAAAAGCUAAGGUACCGUUCAUAUAAACUAUUGUUUGGAAUUCCUAGAUAUGGUCUGUUUUUGUUUAUGAGAACUGUUUCUUACAAAUGCCGCACUAUCCAUGUGCAUAUGCAUGCAUAGCCGGAAAAGCAAAUUCCCUUGAGAAUAUCACGUGGUCUGAAUUGGGAAAAUAAAAUAUACAAGCUAAAAGGGUCUAUUCCUUGACAGUAUGCAAGAGAUAAAUAAUCAAACCAUAGCUCCGCGAUUGCAUAGUAUUCGUGGAAUGUAUCUUUUUGCCUUGGACGUUGCGUUAGAGUUGUUCUUAAUUGGGCCCCUAAGGUAAUUUUGCAAUUGCCUUGGUUUGUAUUGCCACAGUUAGUAACAGGCCAUUUCCGAGAUCCCCUGGACCUCUGUAUCAAAACGAGGUUAGGUGCUCAACCUUUGAUAUGGAAAUGAUUUUUCAUUCUCAUGCAAAUAAAACUCAUUUCCACAAGAAAGGUUGAGCACCUAACCUCGUUUUGAUACAGAGGCCCCGAGGGAACUCGGAAAUGGCCUAUUGGUUAAAAUCUCGAACCAUCUAUACUGUGACAUGCGUUUUUCCGCGCUUGAUUCUGAUUGGCUCAUCAUAUUGUCCGCACUUGUUACAAUUGGUCAGCAUUAACAUUAAGCCUGGAGUCUCUCUCGAUGACACCACUGCUGACAGUGGGACCCAGGUUUGACCAAGCACAGAGCAUCUUGUGACUAAAGCUGAUAUCAUUAUACUUAGUUUUUGAACCGUUCUCUAACGUCAGUCGUUUUUCUAGGUGGAUCAAUGCUUUGGAUUAUCUACGGCACUGGAGAAAUCGUCUGUCGACUUGCAAUGAAAAAUAUUAAACUUAAGUCCUAGGAAAGGAAUUGUAGCCACCCGUGCCGAGGAUAUGAAUGGUCAACAGAUAUAAUUGAGUUAUCACAGUCGGUAAAGAAAAGAAACAACAUGAAGGAAGCGUUGAAGCAGGGGAUGCCUACGUAAACUUCCUUUAUUGUUCGAGGAAAGGAAGGAUUGUACAUUGUAAAAUCUUAUUCUUAUUUUUUUUUUUUCGGUUUAAAAUUCC